AUGUCGAAGCCACUCUCAUUUUUAGUGGCUCUGAAUUCAUCAUUCUUCCCCGCCAGCACUCGUUGCCUAUUGUGCCGAUUUCGAAGUUCGCAACAACAGCUCCAGAGUCGAGAUGCAUCAACAUCCAGCUCACCCACCACUCUCUCCAAGCACGCCGGGACCCCGCGAGUCAAGACUUCUCCUAGUACCAACAACAAUAACAAGGAUGUGACAGACCCAUUAACAGAAGCAAAAGGCCCAAAAGGGGAAUUCACUCCGAAACCGCUCAGUCGCCCUCUAGGACUUCCUUAUCCCCCCCAACCGGGGCAGAAUACUGGUAUAGACAACAGAACUCUCCGACAACGUCGGGACGAUUUUGUGGACUAUGAGAAGCAUAUCGUCCGACGGAAAGAAUUAGCCCGACAAGCUGCCAAACCCUACUUCCGCGAAUGGACAAACAUGCGCUAUCACAAAGGCAAAACCUUCAUAUCCAACAACCGUCUCUUCAAAGCCGACAAGGCCCUCUACUUCCCCAACAUAUCCGGCCGCACCCUCUCGCCUACCGCACCCAUACAAGACACAACUCCGAUCCUCCGCGGCAAGGUAUCGGUUGUGAGCAUAUUCUCUAGCCUCUGGGCUGAGCGUCAAGCCGCUUCAUUUGUAAGCCCGCUGAAAAACCCAACAUUACACCGGGUCCUAAAAGAUGCACCCAAGGAGGCACAACGGGUCGAGAUCAACUUUGAAGAUAAUGUGCUGAAGGCGUGGUUGAUACGUUUGUUUAUGUGGCGGAUGAGAAAAAACAUGCCAAAGGAGCAGCAUGAACGGUAUUUCCUCGUGCGGCAGAAGGCGUUGACGGAUAGCCUGAGGGAGCAGAUCGGGAUGAUGAAUAGCAAAGUCGGAUAUGUAUAUUUGCUGGAUCAUGAGUGUAGGAUACGGUGGGCUGGGAGCAGUAUUGCGGAAGAGGGCGAGCUGGACUCCUUGAAUAACGGACUGCGGAAGUUGAUAGAUGAGAGAAGGGUAUGGAAAGGUCUCAAUGCCCUGUCGCGAAAUGCAGAUGGGCGCAGCUGA